AUGGCGGACUCAUUUUGUCCAGACUGCAAACGAGCGACGGAGGUGGUGUUCGAUCACUCCGCUGGCGACACCGUCUGUUCGGAGUGCGGUUUAGUGUUGGAGGCCCAUUCCAUAGACGAGUCGUCGGAGUGGAGGACUUUUGCUAACGAGUCCGGCGACAACGACCCGGUCCGUGUGGGUGGGCCCACCAAUCCCUUGUUAGCCGACGGUGGCCUCUCGACGGUCAUUUCCAAGCCCAAUGGCGCCACCGGAGAUUAUUUGUCUUCGUCAUUGGGCCGGUGGCAGAACCGUGGGUCCAAUCCUGAUCGCUCGCUUAUUCAAGCCUUCAAGGCCAUUGCCACCAUGUGCGAUAGGUUGGGUCUGGUGGUAACCAUAAAGUCUGCAAGCAGACGUGCUGCAGAAAGUUCUCCAAAACUGCUCGAAAUGGAGGUUGUCCAAGCCGCGGGGCUAGGCGCACAGUGGAUGUUGUUGCCAGCACAUCUUCCACAAUUCUUCUGCAAUGAACCAAAAAUAGGUGGAUACCCAAUGCGUGGGGCUUCUAGUGCUUUCUUUUCCUUUGUAAUUCUUUCUGUGGGUCCAACGGUCAGGCUAUGUACUGGGACAUGGGCCUCCCGUGUAGCCUUCUGCAUCCAGAGGAAGGAUCGCGCGAAUGAGAUAUAUAAAAAGGUAGAAGAUCAAAAGCCUCUCAGAGGACGAAAUCAGGAUGCAAUUUUGGCUGCCUGCCUUUACAUUGCUUGUCGACAAGAAGACAAGCCCCGUACUGUAAAAGAAAUAUGUUCUGUUGCUAAUGGAGCCACAAAAAAGGAGAUUGGCCGUGCCAAAGAGUUUAUUGUGAAACAGCUGGAGGUAGAGAUGGGCCAAUCCAUGGAGAUGGGAACUAUUCAUGCUGGGGACUUCUUGAGACGUUUCUGUUCCCAUUUGGGCAUGACUAAUCAAGUAGUAAAGGCUGCCCAAGAAGCUGUGCAAAAAUCGGAAGAGCUGGAUAUAAGGAGAAGUCCAAUAUCUGUGGCCGCAGCUGUAAUAUACAUGAUAACUCAACUCUCAGAUGACAAGAAAAUUCUCAAAGAUAUAUCACUUGCUACUGGAGUGGCCGAGGGAACGAUAAGAAAUUCCUAUAAGGAUCUCUAUCCCUAUGCUUCGAAGUUAAUUCCGAAUUGGUAUGCAAAGGAGGAUGCUGUCAGGAGCCUCUGCAGCCCAUAA